AUCCCCUCGGAGCCGUGCAGCUGACGCGCAUGGCGAAGACAGCGGCGCCUACCGAUGGGAGCAGCGGUUCUCGACUGGACCGGGUUGGUGGCCUGAAUGUAUUAGCUUCACUGCGUCUGCCCAAGAGAAAUAAGAAUGUCUAAGCCCCUGGAGGCCGAGAAGCAAGGUCUGGACUCCCCAUCAGAGCACACAGACACCGAAAGAAAUGGACCAGACACUAAUCAUCAGAACCCCCAAAAUAAGACCUCCCCAUUCUCCGUGUCCCCAACUGGCCCCAGCACAAAGAUCAAGGCUGAAGACCCCAGUGGCGAUUCAGCCCCAGCAGCACCCCUGCCCCCCCAGCCGGCCCAGCCUCAUCUGCCCCAGGCCCAACUCAUGUUGACGGGCAGCCAGCUAGCUGGGGACAUACAGCAGCUCCUCCAGCUCCAGCAGCUGGUGCUUGUGCCAGGCCACCACCUCCAGCCACCUGCCCAGUUCCUGCUACCGCAGGCCCAGCAGAGCCAGCCAGGCCUGCUACCGACACCAAAUCUAUUCCAGCUACCUCAGCAAACCCAGGGAGCUCUUCUGACCUCCCAGCCCCGGGCCGGGCUUCCCACACAGGCCGUGACCCGCCCUACGCUGCCCGACCCGCACCUCUCGCACCCGCAGCCCCCUAAAUGCUUGGAGCCACCAUCCCACCCCGAAGAGCCCAGUGAUCUGGAGGAGCUGGAGCAAUUCGCCCGCACCUUCAAGCAACGCCGCAUCAAGCUGGGCUUCACGCAGGGUGAUGUAGGCCUGGCCAUGGGCAAGCUCUACGGCAACGACUUCAGCCAGACGACCAUUUCCCGCUUCGAGGCCCUCAACCUGAGCUUCAAGAACAUGUGCAAACUCAAGCCCCUCCUGGAGAAGUGGCUCAACGACGCAGAGACUAUGUCUGUGGACUCAAGCCUGCCCAGCCCCAACCAGCUGAGCAGCCCCAGCCUGGGUUUCGACGGGCUGCCCGGCCGGAGACGCAAGAAGAGGACCAGCAUCGAGACAAACGUCCGCUUCGCCUUAGAGAAGAGUUUUCUAGCGAACCAGAAGCCUACCUCAGAGGAGAUCCUGCUGAUCGCCGAGCAGCUGCACAUGGAGAAGGAAGUGAUCCGCGUCUGGUUCUGCAACCGGCGCCAGAAGGAGAAACGCAUCAACCCCUGCAGUGCAGCCCCCAUGCUGCCCAGCCCGGGGAAGCCGGCCAGCUACAGCCCCCAUAUGGUCACACCCCAAGGGGGCGUGGGGACCUUACCGUUGUCCCAAGCUUCCAGCAGUCUGAGCACAACAGUUACUACCUUAUCCUCAGCUGUGGGGACGCUCCACCCCAGCCGGACAGCUGGAGGGGGUGGGGGCGGGGGCGGGGCUGCGCCCCCCCUCAAUUCCAUCCCCUCUGUCACUCCCCCACCCCCGGCCACCACCAACAGCACAAACCCCAGCCCUCAAGGCAGCCACUCGGCUAUCGGCUUGUCAGGCCUGAACCCCAGCACGGGAAGCACAAUGGUGGGGUUGAGCUCCGGGCUGAGUCCAGCCCUCAUGAGCAACAACCCUUUGGCCACUAUCCAAGCCCUGGCCUCUGGUGGAACCCUGCCCCUUACCAGCCUUGAUGGCAGCGGGAAUCUGGUGCUGGGGGCAGCCGGCGCAGCCCCGGGGAGCCCCGGCCUGGUGACCUCGCCGCUCUUCUUGAACCAUGCUGGGCUGCCCCUGCUCAGCACCCCACCUGGUGUGGGCCUGGUCUCAGCAGCGGCUGCGGCCGUGGCAGCCUCCAUCUCCAGCAAGUCUCCUGGCCUCUCCUCCUCAUCCUCUUCAUCCUCAUCCUCCUCCUCCUCCACUUGCAGCGACACGGCAGCACAGACCCCUGGAGGUCCCGGGGGGCCCGAGGCAGGGUCCAAACCUGAGUGAGGGCCAGCCAUGCCUCCCCUCCCAUUCCUCUGACCCCUGCCUUGGUCCCUUGCCUGGGAAGAGGGCGAGGAGGCCAGUGGUGGGGACACAGAGGGUCCUCGGAGCAGGAGUGACAAGGGAGGAAAGACCAAAAAAACCAACCAACCAAAAAAAAAAAAAAAAAAAAAAAAAAAGAAAGAAACUAACCAACAAAAGAGAAAACCAAAAAUAAUCACAACAGAAACCAGCUGCCCCAAAGGAACCAGAGGUGAAAAACAAACAAAAAAAAACCAAAACCAAACCAAAAAAAAAAAAAAAAACCCACAAAAUCAAACAAACCAAAAAACCAGUCGCGAGCCAGACCUCAGCGUGCUCACCCUCACUGCUACGACGCCAAAUAAAAACCCCAGCCAGGGGCGGAGAAGCCUCCAGCAGGUCAGACCUCAUGCCACCGAGCCCUGGCUGUGGGACCAACCCCCAACCCUGCCUCCCCCGUGGGGGCUACAGAAGGAAAAAGAGAAGAUGCCAGCUUCCUAGUUCCGGCCCCCAGCCCUGGGCCAGGGAAGACAGGGCACAGCCUGUGCAGAUGGGCUGGGGCUUAGCACCACCCACCAAAUGUUCUUUUCCAGAAGGUGAAAGAGAAAGGGCCUGAACAACCUUACACCAAAUAUUCAGUAGCUUCAUCCAAAGGAUGUACAGAAUUUUUAGCAUUGUACUCAACAGAAUGUGUCCCUACCAUGUGUCCCCUUCUCCCCUGGCCCCCAGCUCUCCCCACCUGGGCAGGGGGUCUUGCUUUAACCUCCUCCCUCCCCCCAGCCAGGGGAGAGUUCAAGGGAAGGCCUGCGGACAACUUUUCAUCCCCUGUUCCUCCCUCUUUUCCCCUUUGAAGGGUAGGCUAGGCCAUUUUGCCAAGUUCUAGCUCUCACAAGUCCCUCCUCAACCCUGUCACCCUCCUCUGCUCUGGAAUAGACUCCCUCCCCAGCCUAUGGGAAGGUGGAAGUUUCAGGCAAGAGGGGAUGAAGACAUUCAGUUGAGGGCAUUCAGUUGUCUUUUUCCAUCCUGUCUGUUUCCCUGAAAAAAAAAAAAAAUUCAUAUUCCAGUGCCUAUCCGUGGGAUCCUUCACGUUCUUUGACAUUAACCAGAAACCAAAAAGAGAACUCACCUCGCUUUUCCCACCCCGUGCCCCUCUGGUACUGGCGAAUGCCUCUCCCUCCCCCCACAUGCACACACGCACACACCCCAGUGGUGGGGUUCCUCAAGAUGGCAUCCCCAUCAGGGUCCAUGUGGUGGGGACAGUGCCACAGCCUGUGGUCCCCAUCUGAGAGGGCGUGGUGGUGGCCACCACCCCCAGGAGACCUCUACAAGUCUUGGCUGGACCCUGUGUUUGACCAGCCCCGGACACGUCUCCACUGACGACGGACAGAGGAGAGACACCACUGGGAGCCACCCUGCCCUCCUGCUGUUGUGGAGGCCAACAAAGUUUUGAACCAAAAACCAAAAAAA